AUGGCAAACCGGACGAGACUAAAAUCAGAGACACAGAAGCUUCGGGCAUGUGUGGAGUGCCGGGUGGCUAAUACAGUUCUGACAUGCUCCAAGAGACGAAAGAGCAAGUUUACUGCCAAGUGUUCUGGAACAGCCCCAUGCUCUUACUGCUCGUGGACUCAAAAACGAUGUCGCUUCGAGCGUGUACCAUCACGGACACCAUUGACUCGCAAGAACCUUGAAGAGAAGGAGCAGCUUUGUGAGAAGUUGAUGACCCUUGUCCGAAAUUUGGGUCCGAACAUCGACAUCGAAGAAGCACUGAAGGAAUUAGCAGGGGCCGGACAGGGGCAUGAUACUAAUGAAACCGACCACAACAGCUUGCUAGGUGUAAGCCCUGGUGCGAAGAGUCCCACCCCAUUAGAGAACUUUGAAUGGAACGAGGGUCCAAUGACCUCGUCUCAUCCGCCAAACAAGUCUCUCUAUGGAAUGGCAUCACUGCCAACCGAAGGGUCCGGAUCCGGUUACUUAGAUAAGUGGCUCGAAGAUCUUUUCAUGAAUGAGAUUGAUGGACACCCUGCAAACUCGACCAAAUUAGCGAGUCCGCACAUUCUGAGGGAACUUGAUAACUCUAUCCUCACCGACUCCCAAUUGGACGCCUAUUCCGGGUGGUAUAACAGAUCAUUUCCCAUUCUACAUGAACAGACGUUCAGAGAGAAGUACCAGAACCGCCAUCAUACCCCACCUCACUCCACAUGGCACUUGAUUUGCUAUAUUGUUCUGGCAAUCGGUGACUGGGUGAUAUCCGGUGGCUCCAAAGUAGAGGAGUCCAGAUAUUACAUGGCUGCACGAUUGAGUAUGUCAAUAAGUCUGCUGGAGUCGGGUGCACAUCUCACAGUUCAAGCGGAAUCGACGCACGACACCUUGAGUAGCGAAAGAAGAAGAGUCGUGUGGUGGAUUGUUUACUCAUUUGACAGCGGAUUUAGUCUGACUACAGGAAGGCCCCUGAUGUUGUCGGACUGUUUCAUCGAAACCGAACUCCCUCGCAAUAUCGAAGACUCGGUAACUGAUUUCAAGCUAAAUCAAAGAGACCAAAACUUACCCUUAGAUUCCAUAGCCCCACUCCCCAUAGACAAACCAACUACAUACUCCGCGAUAAUAGCACAGGCUCGGUUAUCACGCAUCGGAAACACCGUAUUUUGUAACAUGAUAGCAGGUCCAAAGAAGGACCUAGAUACGAAGACCCCACGAUCACUCGAUCAUCAGCUCAAGGCCUGGAGACUCUCAGUGCCGCUCUACUUCACGGCCCACGAUGUCCCAACAUGUCAGCUGAAGGAACAAAACCUGCGAAUGAUGCUAUGGUGGGGAACUCAGCGUAUAUGCGGUUCUCCGUCAGACAGCGAAGAAGCCCGAAAUAUGUGCCACUAUGCCGCCCUCUGGAUAUUUUCCAUAGAGAGAUCGCGUGACUGCCUCGCUAAUUUGAGCCAGAAGAAUCAAGCUGCAGCGCGGUGCUUGGAAGUACUUGACCGGAUUAUGUAUCAGUCACAAGCUACCCCUACUGCAUAUAAUAACACGGGCAUGCGUCUCGAUACACUUGCUGUUGACCCUUCCCUUCAGAUGCUCUUUGAUGCGACGCCACUUGAUAUGUAUGUCUUUGAAGGACUCGAGGGGUUUCCGAAUACGAACGAAGUUGAAUCGUCAUGUGCAUCAAAGGGCCGGGGUAUCUACAUCACUGAUAUUGCUGCGGAGACAUCGAGAUCUCAGCUACAGAAAACGCAAUCCCAGGUUAGAAUCACCAACGUAAUCAGUUGUACCUGCUACCUCACAGUCAUGCAAGUCCUCGGGAUUUGA